ACGACUGGAGCUGGGGCUGCUGGAGCCUGGGUAUGGGUAGGUCCAUAUAAGAAGCUCCCCGUAGGACGCAGAACACUUACUUGUCCGCCGCCCGUCUAUCGCUCCUCUUCGCGCCGUUCCGUGCAGCUGACGUGCCGCUAACGCGCCGCCCGCCUCCCAGCGAACUACGAGUCCCCCGUGACCGCCGAGGGGAGCGCGUCACCGCACCCGCACGCACGGCGCCAUGGCGCCCCGGGCGCCGCUCGUCCUCGCCGUGGUGAUGGUGGCCGCGGCCCUGGCCCUGGCGCCCACCUGCAGCGCGCGCGCCCUUGCCAAGGCCUCGUCGUACGGAUCCUCCAUCUACCACGUGACCUCCGGCGUGCCUUCCAGUCACCAGUCCGUGACGCUGAGCGAGGAGCGAGUCGUGCACACGCUGGACCACCAGGCACACCCGCCGCACGCACUGGAGCGCUCGCACGACCACGCGCUCGACCACGACCACGACCACUCGACGCCCUACAAGUUCGAGUACAAGGUGCACGACCAGAAGAACCACAACUACUACGAGCGGGCAGAGUCCAGCGACGGUCAGGUGGUGCGUGGAUUUUACAGCCUGCUGGAGCCGCACGGUGAGGUCCGCGUCGUCAAGUACCGCGCCGACCACGACGGCUUCCAGUCCGAGGUCUCGCGGCACGGCAGCCACCUCGGUGACGCUCACGGCGGUGGCCUCGGCGCGACCAUCGGGGUCGGCGCCUCACACGACCUGGGCAGCCACGGCCUCGGCGUGAGCGCCUCGGCGCCCAUCCCCUCCCCGGUCAAGUCUUACAAGCUGACCCCCAUCAAGACCUCCAUACCCAUACACGAGGAGGCGCAGGAGGACAGCAGCAACCAAUGGUCCGCCAUCGAGGACCCCAAGAAGCAGAGCGGGACGCCGAUCAAGAGCCAGGCAUUGGAGGAGAUCCCCGCACCGAGCCAGGAGGCCUUAGGCAAGCCACCGGGCGGAGGCCGAGUUCCGGAGCAGUUCCUCCUGCAGCAACAGAAGAAGAAAAAGGCCCCGCACCACGCGCUGCAGCACCCCAAACCACCGCCACAUCUGCACAAGUUCCAGAAGCGGCCGCCGCACCCCUUCGGCCCCGGGCCAAGGCCGGGAGGCCCGCCCCACCGGCCGCCCCUGGGCAGCCUGUACCACCGCGGGCCCAAGCGCGGGCCGGGAGCGUCCGCGGGGCCCCGCGCGCGCAACGCUCUGGUGGGACCGCCGCCUCCACCCCUGCCGCCACCCUCGCCGGCCGCAAACGCCCACUCGCCGCAGCGGAGGGAGGCGCGGCCCCCACCCACCCCCUGCAAGUGCAGCGAGCAGCCCCCGGGUCACGCCGCCGGCCAUCCCCCGGGGGGGCAUCCCUAGGGGGUCCACCCUCAGGGGCCACUCGGCCGCAAGCUGACCUGAGUGCACACCGGGCAGCGUGAUCGAGUUCUUCCGACACCUGUGGAGCCCCCACCCCCCACCCCCCGGGAGUGGGGCUUCAUUGCCCGCAAGCAGGACAAGCCCCGGCCCGGUGCGGCCCGAACGGGACCGGGAGGUGCGAUUCUAAGUCAAUUUGGACGAGGCACGUUAAGGCUUUCUGAAUAAAUCUGGAAGCAAAUCGACAGAGUGCCAUGAAGGAACGUUCUAAGAAUGAAUAAAGCAUUCCGGUAAAGCUGAAAUGCAGAAGAAUGCGGGGAAGAAGAUAACGGAAAGCGCUAUGCUUUAACGUGGUGACUUCCGUUUUCUUCUUCCCCGUAUUCCUCUGCAUUUCAGCUUUACCGGAAUGCUUUAUUGCCAAAACGGGUGCGCUUCGUUAGGUGCGUUACAAUGUUUUUAAAGUGAGUGUGUAUGUUCGUGAUGUGUGCGUGUGUGAAAGAGAGUGAUUGAGAGUAAGACUGUAAGUAAGGUGGUUCUUGUUCCACCCUUGCACUUUUAUAUCUGGGAGGAAAGAGUGAUGACUGUAUCCAAAGUUUGUGUCAUAUUUAUUGCAUCUCUUUUUUUUAACUUAUAGGUGUAAAUUAUUGAAUUGUGUGUGUGUAUUUAUGUGAUAUGAAACUUCAAAGGUUGAAGAGUAAAUCAGGAUGGAAAUAAAAUGUUUGAAAAGGG